AAGGAUAGAGUCCCAGAAGUGGAAAAACACUGCCUUACUGUGUGGGUCAUUCUAUUGGCUUCCAGAUAGAACCCAUCAUAUCAAGGAAAUACAAGCAUGAGCAGGUCUGUUGAAGAUGCACUGGUCUCCGGAGCACGCGGCCCCCCUGUCCCAGUGGCCUGAGCAGCACCUGGAUGUGUCUUCCACCACCUCCCCUCCCUCUGCCCACAAACACGACUCACGUGGUUACACCACUGCAGCCGGAUACCCCUGGGCCAGCGACGACAUCUCUGCCCUCACCGCCUCUUCCUUGUUAAAACGCUAUGCCGAAAAGUACUCAGGCCUGGAGCUGCCCUACGAAAGGCCUGCCCCAGGGGCUUACUCAGAGCUUGGGACCUUCCUGAAGAGUGAGACUGAGCCCUGGGCCCUGGGGCAGGGCAUGGAGUGCUACCCUGCGCUGGAGGCCCUGGCAGCAGGGGCCAAAGUGGGAUCAGCAUCAGUGGGCCUCCCUGGCACGGGCAGUGUGACGGUGGUGAACAGUAACUUGACCUCUGACCCUGGGUAUAGUGGUGGUGGCUCCUGUAAUGGCCCCCCCACUCAGGACUACCCCCUCUCCUACAACAGCACCUACCUCUCCUCAGGAUACUGCCUCCAGCCCGGCUCAGCACUUCCCCCAGCCUCUCUGCAAACCACCCCCACCCUGGUGUCCAGCUACAACCCUACCAACCCUGUAUACAACUACCCGCCAGGCUGCUACCCCCACCUCCAGACCAGCCUGGCAGCCAGCUACAGCCACAGCCACCCCAGUGCCUCCUACCUCCCCUCUGGGCUGAGCACCCCUACCCCCCUGACCCCCCGGUCCACCAUGGAGGGGGGCAGCUAUGGCUACCCCAGUCACAGCCUAGGGUCCGGCUCUGAGACAGGAGGGCCGCUGAAACGCAAGGCCUUUGAGAUGGCGGAAGAGGGGGAGGAGGGAGGAGGAGAUGGCUCGCGGUACAGGAAGUACGGCAACGGCCACAGCAAGAGCCACGGCAAUGGUCACGGCAACGACUACGACAUAGCGGGCUCAGAAGUCCAGGCCUACAAGCCCGGCAAGCCUCUGGUGUCGCCUCCUUAUGGUGGGCAGGGGGAGUACAGCCCCUCCUCAGGCCUAGGGGGGGAGAGUGGGGGAGGAGGGGAACAUGGCUUCCCCCAUCAGAGGCUGGCCAUGAAGAUGCCUGUGUCACAUGCACGAUCUGAGGACCCAACUGGAGGACGCUAGUUCAGGCACUUGAAAGGAAAAAACUCUCUGGGGGUCCCUCGGUUUUAUUGGCAUUUGAAAACCAAGUAGAGUACUUACUCUGACAAAAACUGGGGGAAAUAAUAAUUGGAUUUUGCAAUGAGAGGUCAUGUGAUCUAACCAGAAAGGAGAGAAAAUGGCAAAUGACUUGAAUCCGCCUCCUAUCUUAUAUCAUUUUCAUUCUUAGAUUUUCUCCAAAGAGUCAAGGGGCACUUUGUCCUGUAUGGGUAUGGUGGGGUGGUGUGAGGACAGAGGGAGGGAUCUAGAUGGAUAGGGCUAAAUCAGGCAGUCAAUGGAUUACCGACCGCUUCUCUCAGGAUCCUAUUUAUUUCCCAAUCUGCUACGACAGUGACAUUGCAAUGUUGUUUUGAAGAGUUGCUCUCUUAAUUGGAGUGGCCACUUGAUAUGGAAAGGACGUUUGACUCUAUUACCUCCUACAGCACCAUAAGAAUCAUAACCUUUCAGACCAAAAAGUAGAGAAGAACAUAAUUGAUGUGAUGUACUUUAAUAACAUGACACCACGAGCACAAUGACAGCUCUUCUGAGGCUUGGUGCCUCUAUACAACUCGCUUUGAAACGAAUGUCCCCCUCUCCCCCCUUCCCUUUUCCCUGUUUUCUUUUGACAGUGUUUCUAUGUUAUUUCUCCAUCUUUCUCUCCAUUUUCACCAUGUUUUCCCUUCUCUGCUUUUUCUCACUUUGUUUCACUCACUCACUCUUUCUUUUUCUGUUAAAGCUGCAAUAUGUAACUUUUUGGGCAACCUGACCAAAUUCACAUAGAAAUGUGAGUUAUAGAUAUGUUAUUCUCAUCGAAAGCAAGCCUAAGAAGCAGUAGAUCUAUUCUAUGUGUGCUAUUUCUAUACUUCCCGUUCUUUAGUUUUUGCUUCUUUUACUUUCGGUUUUGUACAACAGCUUUAAACAGCUGAAAAUACAAUAUUUUUGGUUAUUGAAAAUAUAUUUCACAACAGUUUAGAUGGUACAAUGAUUCUCUAUACUAUGCAUUGCUUAUUUUGUCAAAAACUGAAAUUAGGUUAACUGUUGUUCAUUAUGCAGUGUUACAUGCAGCUCUAUCAAUACAUUCAAAUACUUAAACCUGCAGAAAGAGAUACUUGUAGAAACAGACUCGAGAGAGAGAAUUUUAACUACAGCAUAUAAACUCAUCAAAAAAAGAAAAGUCCUCUCACUAUCAACUGCGUUAAUUUUCAGCAAACUUAACAUGUGUAAAUAUUUGUAUG